AUGGCUGAACCCGAUCGACUUGUUAAAAUGGAAAUUGAUUAUUCAUCUGUUGUUGAUCAAAAACUCAAAGAAUGUGAUGAAUUAAUGAAAGAUGCAUCAAAAUUGAACGAAGCUCUUGAACGUUUGUUACCGCUUGAAAAACAAACUCGAACAGCGGCUGAUGCUAUUUCAACUGGGCGUGUUCUUGUAGCUAUAAUUAAAUACUGUUAUGCAGGAAAGCAAUGGGAACAAAUGAAUGAACAUAUUGUCACACUAUCAAAACGUCGCAGUCAAUUAAAACAAGCUAUUACAAAAAUGGUCCAAGAAGCAUAUGAACUUGUGGAAAAAACGCCAGAUUUAGAUACAAAACUUAAAUUAAUUGAAACACUUCGUAGCGUUACAACAGGCAAAAUCUUUGUUGAAAAUGAACGUGCUCGUUUAACAAAGAAAUUAGCUGAUAUUUAUGAAGGACAAGGUAAAACAAAAGAAGCAGCAGAAAUUUUACAAGAACUGCAGGUUGAAACUUAUGGAACUAUGGAUCGUCGUGAAAAACUUGAAUUUUUACUUGAACAAAUGCGUCUUUGUUUAGCUAAAAAGGAUUAUAUUCGAACACAAAUCAUAUCGAAAAAAAUCAAUACUAAAUCAUUUGAAGAUGAAACUUCACAUGAUUUAAAAUUGAAAUAUUAUGAACUAAUGAUUGAGAUGGAUUUACAUGAUAAAAACUACUUUGAUGUAUGUCAACAUUAUAAGCAUUAUUAUGAUACACCACGUAUAAAACAAGAUGCAGAAAAAAUGAAACAAGCACUAAAACAUGUUGUUCUCUAUUUAACUUUAUCACCAUAUAACAAUGAGCAAUCAGAUUUUUUACAUCGUUUAUUUCUCGAUAAAAAUCUUGAAGAAGUUCCUAAAUACAAAGAUUUAUUACAACGUUUCAAAACUCAAGAACUGAUUCAUUGGAAAGAUAUUUUAAAACAUUUCGAAAAUGAACUUAAAAAUGGUAGUAAAGAUGAUUUAGCAACUAAUGUUUUUGCUAAAACUGAAGAUGGAAAAAAAAGCUGGGACGAUUUUAAAAUUCGUGUCGUUGAACAUAAUAUGCGUAUUAUGGCUAAAUAUUACACACGGGUUCAUACACAAAAAAUGGCUGAAUUACUUGAUUUAACAAAGGAUGAGGCUGAACAAUUUCUAUCGAAUCUUGUUUCAAAUAAAACCAUCAGUGCUAAAAUCGAUCGUCUUCAAGAUAUAGUUACAUUUCAACAAAAUAAAUCACCACAAGAAAUUCUUAAUGAAUGGUCGGUUAAUCUCAACUCUUUAAUGACAAUUAUUAAUAAAACAUGUCAUUUAAUUAAUAAAGAAGAAACUGUUCACGCUGUACGAACAUAA